AUGCGAACCAUCCAGACUGGAAUCCAGACGAAAAUUGAUGUCUCAUCUGCUGGUGCUGGGCCUCUGAGGAAUGCGGUCCAUCCAGAGCACUUCUCGCACGUGGCCGUGCCUUUUAGCACGAAUAUGGUCGUGCCGGCGCUUCUUUGCAUGUGUUUUCUUCUUCUGCACGAGCGACACGUGGAGGCGGGAGCAAAGCCCCUCCUAGCAAAUCACAGCCGCAACAGCACGGUGCUCCUGCAGACGGCAUUUCUUGCAUUUUGGCUUGUGCCCUUUCUCAUCGACUCCAUGUUCAUUCCGUUAUCACUGGACUAUGCCUUGGCUAUGGGAGAGUCUGCGACUGCCAGUGGUGUUUUUCUCGGGACAGCUGCCGCUGGUUCUACUGUCGGGAUCAUCAUAGGAAGGGGCUUCACCAACGAGACAGACUGGAAUCAGAGAUACGCUCGAAAGAUAUUUCUCUACAUGUACGGGCUCUCGUUGAUGGCCAUGCCGGCCAUAGCUAUAGGCAUCCAGGCUUCUGUUGACUGGAGCUCGGGUGCUAAAAAGAAGGUGUUUUGGUUUGUGGUUGUGAUGAACUUUUGCACCACAUGUGUCGGCAGCAUUCCAGUAGUUGCCUGGAGCACCAUGUGGAACAUUGUCACGCCACAGAGCGAGAAAACUUUCUGGAUGAUGCUGACCCAGUCGGCACGAAACGCAGGGUUCAUUCUGGGCCCUCUCUACUUGGCAGGCCUGAGUCGUGUCGUUCGAAAGGUCCGAGAUGUCCAUGCGGUAUCCCCCAUCAGCAUGAUGAGCUGGGCUUUCAUGGGCUCCUUCUUCAUCCAAUUCGUCGAGUUGGUAGCCUAUGCCUUGAUCAUCCCCACACACCUUCAACCAGCGGAUGACGCAGAAGAGGUGGAGGUUUUGUCCGAACAGGAGGCUUCGGAUGUACAUCCCGAGAAGUUGCCAGCAGCAGCUCGCGAGCAGAUGGUGUGGGACGUAGUCUUCUACUGCUACGAGCGAACUUUUUCUACAGGAGCCAUCGAAGUCGCCACGAUCAUGCUUCUCGAGGUUUCUUACAGAUGGCCUCCGGAGCUCAGUGGAGUGUCCUUUGUUGUGAUUGCUGCAGGGAGCUUGCUACUUACUGGAGUUUCUGCCAUGGUUCUCUCGAAAAAGCUCAUGACAGAGUCCAACAUAUUUCUAAUCAUGACAUGCUUGGGCUUCGCAGGUUCCAUCAUGCUCUUUGACUGUCACUUCUUUGGUGCUAGCAGUUUGCUAGCUGCAGAUGCCUUGGUCUAUGGUGGAGCGAGCGUUGCUAAUGGCAUUGCAGAAGGUUGGGCGUGUCGUGCCGCAACUGCCGGAACACCAUACAACAUCGAGACCUUUCGAGCACACAGUGUAGCUGGCGUGAAUGUCAGCCGGUUUCUUGCCCCGAUCAUUGCUCGAUUCCUUUUGGAAUUUGGGGGGCGGAACCUCUAUGCAGCCAUGCAGUCAUUCCUGUGCUUGGUGGCGACUAUCACAGUUCAUCGGAUUGUUUCCUCCGCGACGGCAUCUCAGCAGGCGGUCAAAGGACAUGCUAGCACGGACGAGAAUGCAAACUCCGGGGAAGCGAGUGUCACCACUCAAGACUGA